GCUGAUAUUGAGCCUCACCAACGCCAAACGCCGUUAUUUCUUAUUGUUUUAUUUUUUGUUGUAGCGCACCCGCGUUAGAAGGGUGGUUAAAGAUUAUGCUUGCGAGGAGUUUGCUGAGAUGCGCUGCUCCGCGACGGAUUGUGAGUAGGCAGUUGCCGCGCGCUGCGAAGGGGAGGAGGUACUCGACAGCCUCGUCCAGUGUGUCUGGGGGCGGCGCGCAGAGUACGACGGGACAGGGUGCCCCGAUGCUGGCGGCGUUUACGGAGGAGUUGGAUAAGAUUGCGCCGCGGUUUGAUAUUAGGGGGGACCAGGUGGAGGUGUUGCGGACGCCGAGCGAGUUUUAUGAGACGUUGAAGGAUAAAAUACGGAAGGCGGAGAAGCAUAUAUUUCUUUCGACGUUGUAUAUAGGAAAGACUGAACAUCAAUUAAUAUCCGUCCUCGCCGAAGCCCUCCGCGCAAAGCCGGAAUUGAAGCUUAGUGUCCUCACCGAUGCCCUUCGCGGAACACGAGAAACACCUUCGACAUGCUCGGCGUCUCUGCUCGCUCCUUUGAUCGAAGAAUUCGGGCCGGAGAGAGUAGAGAUCCGCAUGUACCAUACACCGAACCUGACAGGACUGCGCAAGAAAUAUGUGCCGAAGCGCAUCAACGAGGGAUGGGGCCUACAGCACAUGAAGUUAUACGGGAUGGAUGAUGAGAUUAUCAUGUCUGGAGCCAACCUCAGCAACGAUUAUUUCACAAACCGACAAGACCGCUACCACGUCUUCUCCUCCCCCGAAAUAACCUCUUACUUCCACAAACUCCACUCCGGCGUCUCAUCCCUCUCCUUCCUCGUCGUCCCCUCCCCCUCCACCCCGGCAGGCUACACCCUCGUCUGGCCCACCUCCAACGACGCGCCCUCCCCCCUCGUCAGCUCCAGCGGCUACAUAACCGCCUCCACCGCCCGCCUCGCCCCGCUCAUCAAACCCGUCGCGCGGCCGCUCUCCCACCUCCCCGACUCAGACACAACAAUCUACCCCCUCGCGCAACUAACCCAGCUCCUCAAACCAGAAACCAGCACCGAGCUCCCCGCCGUGACAUCCAUCCUGCGCGCCCUCGCCGCCCCAGCUUUCGCCAAAAGCAGCUGGACAUUCACAGCCGGCUACUUCAACCCCGAUCCGUCCCUGACGAAGCUGCUCAUCUCCUCUGCUUCCAGGGGGACCGUCAUCACCGCCUCACAGCACGCGAACGGGUUCUACGGCGCCUCGGGCCCCGCUGGGCUAUUGCCAGGCGCAUACACCCUCUACGCGCGGCGCUUCAUGGAAGCAGCUGCGCGCGCCGGGCGAGGCGGGGCAAUCAAGCUUCUCGAGUGGAAGAAUGGGCGCGUCGGCGAGCCGGGGGGUUGGACGUACCACGCGAAGGGGCUGUGGGUUUCGAUGCCGGGGGAGGAGGGGAGGCCGAGUAUGAGUUUGGUGGGGAGUAGUAAUUAUACGCAGCGGAGUUAUAAUUUGGAUCUCGAGGCGAAUGUGCUGGUUGUGACGAGGAAUGAGGGGUUGAUGAGACGGUUGGGGGAGGAGGAGAGAGGGUUGAGGGAGUACGCGGAGGAGGUGGGGAAGGGGGAUUUUGAGCAUGUGGAGAGGAGGGUGGGGGUUAGAGUUAGGAUUGCUAUGUGGAUGGUUAAAAUUGCGGGGGGUGCGCUGUGA